GUGCUGUAUACACACCAGAAGACAAAAAAGACCAAGACUUGGCAGGAUGGAGUUUUAAAAGUGUGCAGAGCUGGUUCAAAGGCAGUUCUGUUUAGUGAUUCUGGAUCUAAAGUAGACUCAGUCCAUGUAAAGACAAAUCAGCUAAACAUUGGGGAUGAAAUAGAAAGUGACCGCCAUCUCAUCACCAUUGAGGAAAUCAAAGUCAGUGGAGGACAGGAGAGAGAACCAGUGAAAAAUGAAGUAAAAUCUAGUGAUGGACGUGUUAACAUGGAUAUCAGAUAUGGUAUUAAUCCAUUGGUCUCGCAUUCUGAGAGAUUGAAUGUUAACAGUGCUGCAGUUAGUCGACCAUUGAAGCCUGGAUUGAAAAGAAAGAGGACAGAGUUUAUUCCACCCAGAUUAGUGAAACAGCAAGUUUUCCAGAGUGGAAUCAAUUCCCCCACUGCAACAGAGGCUUGUAGGGAUCUAACUAAUCAUCAUACAGCCGUACCAGAUGAGAAAUCUUCCUCUGGAACUAAUAUUUUUAACUUAUAUGGGGACCAUGAAGUUUUUACUAAAAAUAGAAAUGUUCAAAGUAGGCCAUGUGAUGCUGAAUGUAGUAACACUGAAGGAAACUCAAACAGUGUUGGCAGUAGGACAUACAAUUCACCUUGGAGUGUAAUUGGUCAGCCUAGAAGGCCUAGGUUACUGGAAACAAAAGAGGAAGGAAUUAGACAUGAAGAUACACAGUCAAAGAAAAGUUUAAACAGUGUGUCUUUGCCAGAAAAGGGAAAGCGCAGUGCUGCACAAAUUCUUAAACUGAUUGGUGGAAAACCUUUUAAGCCUCCCUUGAAACAAUCAGUCAGGAGUGUUUUGGAUGAUAAUAUUAAAGAAAAGAUUCAAGAAGAUGAAGUAAAUGAAACUGCCCGGUGUCAUGCAAAGGUUCAUGAUAACCAGUAUAUUGCUCUUGAAGGCAAUGAUGUAACAUUAUCUAAGACUAAACACUUAUUAGAAGAUACAGUGCAUUGUGAAACUUCAGAUAAAGUUCAAGCAGUUAGUGAGACUAAUGAUGUAGCAGAAAAUGAUGCAGCUGUCAUAGCAACAGAAGACGUAAGCAUUUCCAAGUCCAAAGGUGUCUCUGUUGCAAUUGAAGAUUAUGACAUUACAGAAGAAGACACAACGGAUGGUUACUUUGACAUCAACUUUUCUCCAUUGUCACAAGUAUCAGAUUUUGAGCCAGACUCCCCAUGUUCCAGUGAAACCUUCCACGGCAAUAAAUUAUCUCAAGAUUAUAAUGUUUUGGUAGCCAAGCCUUUCCCAUCCAGUUCAAGCAACAGUGAAACUUUAUGUAAUCAUGGUUGCCCCAAAACCAUGUCUAGUACCUCAAAACAUGAGAUUUAUUUUAAAUCAAAUACAGAGGACACAGUUUUUGAAUGUGAAAACAAUGUGAAAGUUGAGAUUGCCAACCAGAAAACACAGUUUGCAAAAUGCUCAUUACGUUCAACACCAGAUGCAGAAGAUACAGCAGUAAAUAAAUCAGCAUCUUUAGUGAAUUUUUCAACCUUGGAGGACUUCAGUCCAGGUCCAUAUGUUGGUAGUUUCUCAACGCCCACUGGCUCUCCUCAACAACAACUGCAUGUAGUAGGUGAUUCUUGUAUCCAAAACCAAACCACUUUAACACCAAACCAAACACUAGGUUGCAAUAAUAGCAUAUUGAAACAAGAAUUUGAUGACUCUCCUGUAUCCAUUCAGAAAAACAUUGGUAGUUUCCCUCCUCUACAAGGCUAUAGAUUGGUUGAAAAUACAUUUGGAGAUGAUCUUGUGCCAAGUGUGAAUUCAGGUAGUGAUGCAGAUACAGAGCAAACACUUGUAAGUCCUAUUACACAAGCCAAGGAAAGAAUAUGCUCUCAAGAAAAUAUGCUCUGCUCUUCCAGCUGUUUGCCAAGUAGUAGAAAAAGUUUGUUUGAAUGUAAGGAAAAUCACUUCACAAAUUUACCACCUUUGGGGAAUGUACACGAAGAACAAACUGAACAUUUACAUUCUCACNUAGUCUUUUUGUGUAUGAUUAACUCCAAACUUGAUCAGUAUGCACUCAAGGGGUCUGUGUCAGGGUCAGCAGCCAGAAGGGUAGUGUCUUCUCAUGGUGGGUUCUCAGGUAUGUCUACCAUGCCAUCUGGUGGGCAUGUCCAAGAUGAAAGGGGGAACUAUCCCAUUAGAAGAGACAGUGCUGUGCUGCAGGAGAUACAGUUGCCUUAUUAUAGGUCACCAAACCAGAUGGUGGGAAUCUUUGCUGAUUCUAUUUGCCAAACUAGGAACUGUGUUGAUGAUUAUGAUAAACCAAAAGAAGAUUUGGCAGAGCAAAGUUUAUAUCAAGUGGAGACUGUGGAAAAUGCAUUAGGAAAAGUGGAUUAUAAUCUUAAACCAACUGUAAAUCCAAUUUCCAUUGGUUCUCCUCUACAAAUGGUACCUUUGUACAACUUCUCCAACAAUGAAAAGCAUGAGACUUCACAAGAGGUUCCUGAAAACAGUUCUAACUCAUCUCAGGAGAGUAGAAUUUCUCUGAAUACCAAUCAACGAAGGCCAUUAAAAAGCAUACCAUUUACAGAUAUUGUUGCACAUGACUCAUAUGACAAUUGGGAUUUUCAACUACCUUCAACACGUAAUACAACUGCAGAUAACCUCUCAUAUUCAUUGCCAUUACCCCUUCAGAGUGCCCAGACAAUGUCAGAAACAUUAUGUCCUAAAUUGGUCGACAAGGGUAGAAGUGCAAAUGAGUUAAAUAAUCAAAACAAUUCCCCUGUGCUGCAAAGAGAAAAGGGGGACAUGACAGACAUAUUUAAUCUGGGAACUCCAUCAGAUAGUUCUCUUACAGAUUAUAGUAUCUUCAGUGAGGAUGGCAGCAACAUGUAAAAGAACCCAGACCAUGAGGACUAGUAUGUGGAAUCUUGUUAUAGUGACUGCUCACAAUCACAAAAUGCAGAUAAUGUUGUUGAUAAUUUUGCUCCUUUAGAAGACGCCCCUCGUUUAACAAUUGGGACUUCAGGGUCUGGUUUCAACACUGACUCUCAGUCAGGUACAAGCCUUGGUAUUUUUGGAGGUGAGCUGAGUGAGAAGCCUACAGUUGGAGAGGAUUUAUUGCACGGAUUUCCUCAUCCAGAAGCAGUAGAAGACACAAUGAAGAAGCAAGUAAACACAAAUAGUCUUUUGAGGCCUGUUAAUUGUUUUAAGCAACCCUCUAUUGACAGAAUCUCAUUUACGUAUCCUUCACGUAUGCAUGGGCAAUUGUCUGCAUCAGAGAGGUUUGUAUCUGUGAAUCAAGGAAACUCUGCAAAUGAAAAUUAUCAGUAUUCAGCUGCUUCAAAAUGGUUAAAAUUUGGUGACUUGAAGGAUGAUAUAAAGGGGACUUGUUCAAAUUACUGUGGAAGAUUUGCGUCUCCUGCUACUUUCAGCAGCUUAUCACCAGGAACAGCACUGGACAAUGAACAAUCUACUUCUCAUGUAAAAAUAGCACCAUUUUCUCCAUUAG